AUUUCAGUUUUGUAGGUUUUGUCAAACUACACACCUCAAUGUGUAAAGGGCUCUCCUCCCUGCCCUCGUCAUGCCUGGAGAAGGCAAAAGAGAUGCGGGUGAAGCUAAGCCAUCUGGCUGAAACGCACCACAAGCAAAGGGUUCAGGAUGGAAAAGCUCUCCAGGACCUGGAAACUCUGCUCAACAGCAAAAGCGGUCGGCAGGCGUUCCGUGAGUUCCUGCGUUCAGAGUUCAGUGAGGAGAACCUCGAGUUCUGGCUGGCCUGCGAGGACUACAGGGUUACUUCUUUAAACCUGCAGAAGACCAAGUCCAGCAGCAUCUACAACCAGUUUAUCAACCUUGACGCUCCACAGGAGGUCAACUUGGACGCUGAGACCCGGGAGGCUCUGUUGAGUGUGACGGCCUCUCCGUGUGCCGACACGUUCAACAAUGCUCAGCAGAGAAUCUACAGUUUGAUGGCCAAAGACUCCUUCCCGAGGUUCCUGCGCUCCCCUCAGUGCAUGGAGGCCAUCAAAGCUCCCUAAGCACACACUGUUCAUGACCACAGACCAGCUUUAGAAAUAGCUGCUGAUGAAUCUGUACUGCUUGUUAUGAUAGUAUUUUAGUUUAGCAACUAGCUUGUUUUGUGAUUGUUUUCCAUAUGGCAAUGCCGUCCUUAUGCAUGCUGCUGUUUAAAAGUCUCACAUAUAAACCUCAAUUAUGAAGCUCACAUAUUGAUGUAACUACAUUGUACCGCCAUAAGUGACAUCCAUGAAGGAUUUAAAUAAACGCCUCAUAA